AUGAUAGAUGUGCGCUUCGCCGUUUCGGUCUUUGACAAUGGUCAGUACACGGAAUGGAAUAACUCCUAUGAUUCUCCAAGUGUGCUCCAAGGAAUUGUGGCCACCAUUUGUCCUGCAAUCCUCAGCUGGACGAAACUACAGCCAGAUUUAACUACUACCGACCCUCGGUGUUCGGUAUCGCCACCACACAGAAGGCAUCCAGUGGGAAGGUAUGUAGCAAGGUUCGCAACAUUAAAUCAAGAUGUUUUGGAUGAAACGAGUUUAAAAGUCGCGCUCAAGAACACCCCAGCUGACCCAGCAAGAAAAUUUGAUAUUACUGCAAUACCAUUCUCGCUGACUCUAACCGGAUCAUCCACAGCAACACGUGAGUGGUAA